AUGGAACCUUCUUUCACAGCGCAUGAACACACCCUCAAUCGAGAUGCCAAAUCUUGCUUGGAAAGGUGGAAGAACUAUUUAAAACCUGGAAUUAAGAAAGGAUCUCUCACUGAAGAGGAGCAGCGUCUAGUUAUCCGUCUUCAGGCCAAGCAUGGCAACAAAUGGAAAAAAAUAGCAGCUGAAGUCCCUGGACGAACUGCCAAGAGACUUGGGAAGUGGUGGGAAGUUUUCAAAGAGAAACAAGAGAGGGAAAAGAAGGAGAACAACAAGGUCAUAGACCCCAUAGUGGACAGCAAGUACGACCAGAUUCUCGAGAACUUCGCAGAGAAGCUGUUCCAAUGUUGGGCUAUCUUCCCUUCUGUGACAUUAAGCCUCUCACCUGCAACUGUUCCACCACCACCACCUGCAAUUCCUAGGCUGCAGCCUGACAGAGGACCAGAAAGUAGUCCUCUUGUAUUGGGCUGUAUGGGCCCUCAUGGGGCUACAGCUUGUGGAAACAACGUACUGAUUUCUGAGCUCACAGAGUGCUGCAGAGAGUUGGAAGAAGGGCAUCGUGCGUGGGCAGCACAUAAGAAGGAAGCAGCCUGGAGGUUAAAAAGAGUUGAGCUGCAACUGGAAUCUGAGAAGGCUUCUCGGAAGAGGGAGAAAAUGGAGGAGAUUGAGUCUAAAAUGAGGGCUCUUAGAGAAGAGCAGAAGUCUGAGCUUGACAGGAUUGAAGCUGAGUACAGAGAGCAGUUAGCAGGACUGAGAAGAGACGCAGAAGCCAAGGAACAGAAGUUAGCUGAGCAGUGGACUGCAAAGCACUUGCGGCUGUCAAAGUUUCUCGAGCAGGUGGGGUGCAGGCUCAGGCUUGCUGAGCCUAACGGCCGGUAA